AUUCACAGUUUCCUCCCAUUGAACGGUAAGUGAGCCCAAGCCCACGUGUCUCUUUCGGUCUGUCUCUCCUUAAUCACACAAUUCUUCAACGACGGUCUCUCUCUCUCAUCGGACCGCCGCAUGGCUGCGCCAAAGCAGAGCCGAUCGACGUCGCUCAGAGACUACUCCGCCGAGUCCGAGAAGAUGGAGGGCAGCGGUGGCUGGGACGACGCCUUCGAUUUGUUCAAGCUCGAGGAACCGCAUCCUGUCGCGCGCUCGAUUUCUCAUCAUGCAAAUUACAAGUGUUUGCUCGAGGCUGAGCGGGUUAUGGUUGAGGGGCGUGGAGUUGUUCUUGUUAAUAUCGAUGAAGCUGGUACAUUGAUAGUUACGAAUUUUCGUCUGAUUUUUAUGAGCGAGGGGACUGAAAAUGUCGUUACUCUUGGCACAAUUCCAUUGGCGACAAUUGAGAAGUUCAACAAAAUGGUUAUAAAGAAUCAAUCAGCUUCCCGUCAACCAGACAAGACUCCGUCACUGCGACUUCUCCAGGUCAUUGGAAAAGAUAUGAGAAUAGUUGUCUUUGGUUUCCGUCCAAAAACAAAGCAGAGACGUGUUGUAUUUGAUGCAUUACUGAGGUGUACGAAGCCUUCAGUACUCUGGGAUCUUUACACUUUUACUUGUGGACCUUCAAAAUUCAGAAAUGCUAACCCAAAAGUGCGGUUGCUGAACGAGUAUUUUCGUCUUCUUGGAAAAGGCUCUCUUAGUGCAUCAAUGGAUAUGAUUGAGCAUGGAUCUUAUACACUGUCUAAUGAGUUGUGGAGGAUCAGUACUGUAAAUUGCAACUAUUCAAUGUGUCAGAGUUAUCCAUUUGCCUUGCUUGUUCCAAAAUCCAUUAGUGAUGAAGAAGUGCUCCAGGCAUCCAGCUUUCGUGCCAGGUGUCGAUUACCUGUAGUUUCUUGGUGUCAUCCUGGAACCGGAGCUGUUCUUGCACGAUCAUCCCAACCCUUGGUUGGUCUUAUGAUGAAUAUGAGGAACAACACAGAUGAAAAGCUUGUUGCAGCACUUUGCUCUCAACUUACCGGUGCAGGGGGCCGAAGGAAGUUGUAUAUAGCUGAUGCAAGGCCCAGAAAAAAUGCUUUAGCAAAUGGAGCAAUGGGAGGUGGCUCGGAGUCUUCUUCUAAUUAUUUUCAAUCUGAGGUAGUUUUCUUUGGAAUCGACAACAUUCAUGCAAUGAGAGAGAGUCUUUCUCGUCUUAGAGACUACUUAGAUACUCAUGGCACCACUUCAUCAGAUGGAAUUUCAUCAUUUCUGAGACAUGGUGGUUGGACUUGGGGAGGGGGCAAUCUCAGUAGUAUGUCUGCCUCAGUAUCAACCCUUGGUGACACUGGUUGGCUGAUACAUGUUCAAAGUGUUUUGGCUGGUUCAGUUUGGAUUGCUGCACGUGUUGCUUUGGAGUCGGCAUCAGUGCUUGUACAUUGCAGUGAUGGAUGGGAUAGAACUACUCAGCUGGUAUCACUCGCUAAUUUGUUGCUUGACCCAUACUACCGAACAUUCACUGGGUUUCAGGCACUUAUUGAAAAGGAUUGGCUAGCAUUUGGACAUCCAUUUGCAGAUCGUGUGGGAAUGCCAACUGUAUCUGGAACUGGCAAUAUGCCUCUUGAAUUAUCCCGUCAGUCUUCUGUUGGGAGUUUUCCACCUUCACCUAUGCGCCAGUCAUCAGGAUCAUUCACAUCUCAAACUCCUAGUUCUUCUCAUGCACAGAACAACUAUUCUCCCAUAUUUUUGCAGUGGGUUGAUUGUGUCUCACAGUUGCUGCGAAUGUAUCCAUUUGCUUUUGAGUUUUCCUCGGCUUUCUUGGUGGAUUUAUUGGACACUGUAAUUUCAUGUCGUUUCGGUAACUUCUUCUGCAACAGUGAAAAAGAGAGGCAGCAAGUUGGUGUAUCUGAAGCUUGUGGAUGCAUGUGGGCUUAUUUGGCUGAUUUGCGUUCUUUAGAAGGGAGAUCUCAUUCACACUAUAACAUUUUUUAUGAUCCACAUGAGCAUGGUGGUCCACUGUUGCCCCCAGCAGCAGCCUUAGCCCCAACUCUUUGGCCACAAUUCCAUCUUCGAUGGGCUUGUCCCUCAGAAGCGCGAGCUGGGGAACUUGAAGCUCAAUGUAGGAACGUGUCCAUAAAAUUUUCAGAACUGCAGAAGGCAAAAGAAGUGGCAGAAAGAAAGGCUACAGAAAUCACAAAAGCCAUGGAGUCAUUAUCUGCAGAAUUACAGAAUGAGAAGAAGAUCAGUAGCUCUGCAACAGCCUUGGCUAAGAGGGCCAGCAAGGAAAAUGCAGCCAUAAAGAGAGCCAUCCAGUCAUUGGGAUGCAAAGUUCACUUUGCAAGAAGUGGUGAAACUACUGUGGAUGUGGAAAGCAACACCAGAGCAACUCCACAGAAAUUCAUGUGUUCUUCUUCAAAAAGUGAAUCUGAUGGUAAUCUGCUGAAUGAUGAGAAGUCGGACUUAUCUGUUUCAAUUACAGUAGUGGCAGAGGAUGUUUCUGACAAUCGUAUUGGUAGAGUGUGUGAAACUUUAUGCCCAUUGCGCACAAGGGAUGGAGGUUGCCGCUGGCCAGAUGCAGGUUGUGCUCAACUAAGUAGUCAAUUUGUUGGACUAAAGGCAAACUUUGAUGCUUUUGAUCGACUUUCUAUAUAUGAUAGUUAUUUCGAAACGGAAUGAAGACUCCAUAAAAUUUGCCUUGUCCAGGCGAGGCAUCAAUUUUUGUCAUUUAUUAGUUGAGGUUUAUCCUUAAGAGAAAAUCAUUUAGAUAGAUUUGAAGCUUUGUCGGAAGACUUAUUACGGAUCUUAAGCAAGGCAAAGCAUCAGUGAUGAUAGUACAUUAAGAUAGACCCUCAUAUAUCGUACGGAUCUCGGAACUGUUCGUACAGAGAAUAGAGAGUUAGCUGUAAAGCAUCUUUAUACUACUACUUAUUGCUGGAGAGCAGAAUUAAGUGUUGCAUCGAAGACCAAAUGUGUAUCAUGGUGGUAUAGAUUACUGCAAUUCAUUUUUUUUUUUUUCCUAAUAAGAUUAGGUAUUGUACAGGUUCCUAAGUAAUUUUGUAGCGAAAACAGUCUUAAUAUGUUUUACCAGACUUGCAUACCAAGAAUAUUGUAUUCAAAAUGACCCCCUAACUAAUUACUUUGUGGUUUUGCUCACCUGUUGAUAAAAUUGCAGCUUGUUCUGCAGAAAAUGCAAAUGAUUGUAUUACUGUGUCUCUUUAUCCCUUUUGAAAUUGUAUGAAUCUCCAUAUGAUUUGAUUACAAUUUUUGGGUA